AUGGAAGAACUAACAACGGAGGUGCUGAGAAUGAAUGAAAACUACUCACUCACAUACGCCUCUAUUUUACAACUGGCCAAUAAAAUUGCGCAUGCUCGGUUGAUAUUCAGUUCAUUCAUAGAAAAUUCCGGUUCUUGUAACGAAAAUUUAAUUGAUUUAUAAGUUUCCGUAAAUAAGUUUUUCAACAAAUUUUUCUAAGAAAGUUGGAAAAAAACGUUACUAUUCCGAAUUUCAAUGAUUCCUUUUUCAAAUUUUUACAUAUUACAAUUAAGACUUGUAAUUUGAGACGGAGAAAAUUUUGAAAAUUGUUUUUUUCAAACUGCGAUUCAUAAAUUUAAUAAGUUCUGUUUGAGAAAAGAAUAUUUCAUGAUUUUUCCAGCAACUUGGCGAUAACCAGCACACUGCAUGAAGCCAUUCUAACACCGGAAAAAUUUUUCCACUCAUCUCAACAGUCCGCUUUGGUUUUUUGAGAAAAAUUUCUUUUAGUGAUAAAUUGUUCAGAUGGACGAUGAUUACGGGCGUCGGAAACAAAUCGCCUACGAUCUGAUGCGCAAAACCAUUAUCAACAGAAGAAAAAGCACUGGCGAAAUGCCGACUUCCCUUGAGAUGGUUGACAAAAAAUUGAAACAAAGUCCAGAAGGCCGGAGAAAAUCGGAAAUGAAUCCAUUCACCAAAAGAAAAAAAGAAUAUUUUAUGACAGUUAAAUCAGCUUCUUUUUUCACUUCCGCUUUUUUCUGUUUUGCACAUUUUUCUUUUGAAAAGAACCUUUCUAACGGAAAGCUUUGAAAAUUCGCUUACUGAUACUCCUUUUCAAGUCAUCUUGGACUCUGCCGAUGAAAAGAUUGGUAUAACUCAAAUAAAAAAGUUCAGAUCGAAGCCGACCCGACGCGAAUCACCUUCAGCAUGGAAAUUAACAGUAAAGACUAUGGCCAUCUACUCAAGUUGACAAAUUUGGAAGGAUUCAAAAAAAAACAUGGCGUUUUUUAAGGAGCGUUGAUGACGUUGAGAACGUCGCAAUGAUCAUGGCCGAUACCAACACACAUAUCCAAUUGGCAGAUCGCGAGGAACUCUCUGGAAAGAGAGAGUUUAUGCAUCAGGUGAACAAGAAAGCAAAGUUAUCAUGAAUAAAAUUUGCAAAUUAUGAGUGAUUCUGAAGGCUUUGCUCACAACAAUUUGGCACAGUUCUAGAAAAUCCAGCGUGCUCGGCGCCCCAGGCGGACACGCGCCGGGUGUCUUUUUUUUGACUUUAUAUUCAUAUCUGCUAUCGAAUUCCGUUUUUUUAAACUUUCAUACUUUCCUUCUUAUCGUGGAGCAUAAAGCGCAUAAUAAUCAGCUAUAGAAUUUCUAAUUUGGAUUUUUUUCAAAUAAUUGAUCAAAAAGUGCUCGAAAAGGGUUUGAAAAAGAGGCCAAGAUGCUGAUAAGUCAAAUGAAAAAUGAAAAAAAGUUAUAUUUUGAAAGGAUUUUUCCAUUGAGAUAGCAAAAUCAGAGAAGGGGUUCCCCGCGCGUUCCCUAAUAGUUACUAAUAUUGCACGACCUAAUAAAUUUAUAUGAUAUCUUUAUGAAUGAAUCACGAUUAAGGCUUAACGGUUGAAUAUAGAUUUUCAUCGUAUGUGAAAAAAAGAAAUCGUUUUUUUCGUUUGUUGGAAAUUUCUUCUAUGAUUUUUUUAAAAAUAAAAGUUCAAAAAAGCGUAACAUUCUUCAAAACCAAUUUUUUUUAUAAAAAAAAAUAGUUUCAAAAAGUGAUAUAAUUUUUAGAUUGGGUGGUUUGAAUAUUGGUAUGAAACUUUAUAUGAGUCAUAGUUCCAUAAUUUUUUUUUUCAAAUGAAAUUGUUACAGGUGACAAUCACCGGAAUCUACAGUGAUGUCGAAAAAGCUCGUCAUCGCUUGAGGGUUUUUUAUUCGCGCGAAACUUUUCUCAUCUUCUCAUGGAAAUAAUUCAGCUGAUCUGCCCGAUUUUCGUUCUAAUUGGUCUGCAAAGGUCGCGGAUCAACGCGAGAAGCCUCGCCAGCAUCAUUCACACUGAACAUUGGAACUAUCCGCACGUCACCCUCGAAGUGAUACACGCCGAAAACAUCAACGACUUCUCGGUUUCAAAAAUGGCCUUUUCGAAACAUAAAAAGGGAUUUGAGACAAAGCCGUUCUUGAAAGUCUCAGGCCGAAUGAAGCAUUUGGAUUUGAUCAUCGACGCUUGCUCGAAAUUGUCGGAAGUGCUUUUCGGCACCGACAUUCCCAGCAACGUGAUUUUUAUCGAUUUUCUAUACAAUAUCUGAUAAAUGUUUAGGUAUAUUCGACAGAGUUGGAAGUCGCUUCGUGUCAUUUGAACACGAUGGUGGGAAACACCAAGAGCGCCGACGCCGCCAAACAAAUUGUACGGAAGAUUGCGCUCAGUUUGAAUAACCCAAUCGUUCCUAGUAUGCAACAUUAAAUUCCAUUUUUUUUUUUCAUGCUUCUGUGGCCUUUUAUAUAGCCCAUUCCGCGGGUUUUUAUUUUCUCCAAGCUGCAGAACUCUUCCCUUCGAAGCGCGCGGCAUUUCUCUGUGCGUGCGCCUUUAAUUUAGCCUCAAAUUCUCUUUUCAGCUGAUUCACGAAUACCUUGAACCGUCAAAAAAGGGUCCUGACACGAUAAGAAAAGAUAAAAUUUCUGGCCGGUGCAGUGAGCAGGCAAGCCCCGCCCCAUCAGCGUCUCGAGCCAGCCGAGAAUCGGCUAUAUAUUAAAUUUGCAUGUACAGAGACAGGCCGCGCGCUUUGAAGAGAAGGGUUCUGGUAUUCAGAGAAAAAUGAAAGCUAGUUUUGUGUCAGCUUGUCCAAUCCUUUUCCUGAAAAAUUACUAUACCAAUUUCGGCCAAAAUUCGCUCCAGUACCUUUUUUCUCUCUUUUUUUUUUGCAGAUUUUCAAAAAAAAGUGCCAAAAGUAGCUGUUUCCGGCAGUUUUCUUUUCUACUGUGCUUUCAAAAAGUGAAGAUCGUCUUGCUCGGAAAACAUUGUAAUAAACCAUACUGUGCAUUGUUCAAAGCGACGUACAUACCAGGAACUUUCAUUUAUUUUUUGUUAAGCUGAUCAUCGCCAACACGACGAACACGUUGCUCAGCUUCUCCUCCUCCAGCGAUGAAUCGACGAAAACUGUGACGUUUCGGGCGAGCGGAGGCCUUCAGGCGGUUCUCAAAGCUCGCAGAUAUCUCAUGGUUUGUCUCUGGACUCAUAGGAAAGCCUUCGAAAGAGAGAUCUCAGGGCCUUCUACCUGCCAACUUGAUGGUGAACGUCCGAGAUCCGGAUCUCCGACGGCCGCUCGGAGACCUCAUGAACGACAUUGCGAAGAAGUUCCUGAUGCUCGGCGACCUUCAAUCGGCCGACGCACUCGCCUGCGCACGUCUUCUCGAGUUCUACGACGGAGGCAGCCGUGUCAACGUCCGUCUGACGCCUUCAAGAUUCGAACCGUCGGUUUUGUUGGCCAAGGAGGUCUUCCAUGUAAGUUUUUCCCGAUAGAAAACUAUCUUCACUUUGGGGAAUGAAACUUUUUUUUUAGGGGAUUCAGGCGCAUUUCUGACAUUACUAUACCCUUUCAUUUUUUUUUUCCGAGUCUUUCAGAAUGUUUUAGUCAUCCUUUUUUGGAAAAAGAAGUGUCGAUAAUGGAUAUGUUUUAUCCUUCGAAUAGUGUUAAAUUUUACCAUAUUUUCCAGCACUGUAUCACGAUUCGAUCGCAAGAGUUCAACUUGGCGAGCAUCUACUACGCCUACAUGAGAAUCAUGAAUGUUGGAUUCUUUUUCGAAAUUCUAUUCAUUUUUUGCGAUAUCCAGGUUGGAAUAAACGCCCCAUGUCCGAAAGACUACGACGACCUCAUCGAACUCGGGAUUCAAGAUUAUCAGUUGCAAGUCAAGACUCAGGUUUUUUUUUUUGACUCACAAGGACAUGCAUUUUUCUUUGCGGCUGAGAAUUUCCUGUGAGGCAGAAUAUUCCUUGAUAUACCGAAUGAUCAUCACUGCACACUUUUGUAGUUUUCAAGAAAAGAUGACUGGAAAACCAGGAAAAAUCAGAAACCUCAUUUGUCGAAAAAAUCGGAAGUUGGGCGAUUUUUCUGGUUUCCAAAAAAGAUUUCCUGCCAAAUUCGAGGAAAUCCCCAACUAAACAUUAAAAUGACGUCACUUGUCAGGCAUGCUUCCAGAAAUAACUUAUUUCCAUCAUUACAGUGCCGCGGAGAGGCGCCGCCGCCCGAAGUGAGCUUCCUGGACGUGGACAACCGCAAGCAGUCGCGGUCGAUGUCGGCCUCGAGUGCCGGGGGACUCCCGCCGACCUUCCAGAGCAACGAGAUGCCUCCGGCGCUCGGGCCACUCGCCGUCUCCUCGCCCGCCUUCUUCCUCCCGCAGUUCCCGCCGGGCUCCAAGCCGAAACAGCCUUUCAUAGGUGCAAUUCGAUGGAUCUGAGUUAUAAGUCGAAUAAAUGUAUACUUGCGUUCUGAUAGUAAACGGAACAACAUGGAAAGCCCUUGUAUUGAACGACCCCGGGGAGCAUUUUUUCCUUUUCAGGGCUUUGAUUUUUUCAAUUCUUGCUGGAAAAGUUGCUUUGGAUUUUCGCUGAAUAAGUCAGGUGGAAAAUUUUGGGCCUUUUCGGAUUUUAUUUGGAAAAUGGUGAAAUUGAAAGGGAAAUAAGCGAUUGAAAGAGGAAUUUGUAUCAGAUCAAGCCCUCUUCAUUGAAAAUGUUAACUGAGUCAAGCAAAAAAAUUUUAGGAACAUAAAAAAAUAAUAUACUUUCUAAGAUUUUUUUAUGACAUCGGUUUUGAAGACUUUUCAGCUAGCUCUUUCAGUCAGUUUUGAGGAUUCUGAAGUUUUCGGGCAUGAGAGAAAAACUUUAUAGCUUUUCUUGAUCUUUAAGUUGAGGAAGAUUUUCAUUUGAUGUAGUAACUUUCCAUUGUUUUGUGUAUUUUUGAAUAAAUGAAAAACUUUCAGGCAGUCAAAACGGCGCGGCUCAAACGCCCAUGUUCUACGCGACGCCGAUGGUUCCAGUUCAAUCUCUCCUGGUUUACCAACCCGAUGGAAAUGUAGUUCUUGGUAGGUUUUGCCCGAGAGAUGUAUUUAUGGAGCUUUUCGGCCUGUAAAUUCAAGAAUUUUUUCGCGGAUACACAAAGUUUUUCGCUCUGAUAAUGUUGAAAAUCGGAUACCAGAGUGUACAUUUUUUUAUUCUGUAUAAAUUGUUGAUUUUCAUUGAAUUUACAUUGAAUGAAGAUUUUUCUUGCUGUGGUUCUUGGUUUGUUGAUUUAUUUUCGCAUUUUUUUCACAACAUUUUUCAGCCCAGUUCCCACCCAACUUCAUGUACCCCAACGUUGACGCUCAACAGAAUUUCAAUGCUCAUUCGCGUAACGAUGAGAAUUUUCGAGGUCUCUACUCGAAAUUUUUGUUUUUCACUCAACUUUUGAAUUUAGAGGAGACUGGGAGUAGGAAAACGGAGGGAUUCGGUCGGAAAUCGCCAAGAUCCGAAGAUCGUGCCGGGUUCAGCGGCAAACGCAACGGCGGCGACUCUAACCGCGUCAAUUUGGAUUGGCGAUGUUUUUGGCCCUUUCCUUCAUGUUAUAUUCAAUUUUCGGUAAAUUUCAGCUACCAGCGCCAAUGGUUUCCAUCGGAAAGACGGAAUGCGAAAAAUGGCGGUGAAUUUACAGAAGAUUUUAGAGUCCCCUCGGAACAAGUAGUUUUGAAUUAAGCGACUUGGGAAGCUGCUGAAAAAUAUUUUAAGGCGCAAUAUCCAAAAAAAAUUCGUCUAGAACCGUUUAUCAUUUCCGUUCGAAAACGAAAGCUGGAUCCUUAAUGAUUAAAAAAAACUGAAUCGUUUAUUUUUUCUCUGAACUUUCUGGAGCUUCAUGAAAGAUCUUUCAACCUUUUACAGAAAUGAAGACACUUUUUGAGCUUUGAUGUCUCAGAUUGUCCCUUUUCUCCUCAAUAAAAUGCUCCCAUCCCAGAACUUUCAACGCCGAAACCAGAAUGCCGGCGCAAACAGCCCCACGUCGGACUUUCCCAAAGAAUCGCCCUUUGGUGGUACUCACGUUCUUGCCUUGAAAACUCGUGUCGAGGUCUUCUGAUCUCGUAUUAUAUCGAAAUAAAUUUUUCGCCUUUCCAGAACGAAGACGUGGAGCGCGAGCGGCUCUUUACACACGAAAGCUCGCAAUUUCUUGGUUCAUUCUCGUUAAUUUCAAUUUCUGAAAGCUUUUUGUAAAUUUUAGACGAAACCGGAAGUUCUACGUUUGCUGCUAAUGUUUCAGGUUCGUUUUUGCGAACACAAGGGAGAACCAUUUUUGGACUUGGCCGAGUUGGAAAAAAACAAUUAUAUGAAUAGUUAAUAUAGUUAUAGAAAUUUUUUUCAUACGUUAAAAAAAUAUUUAUUAAUUUUUUUGAGCAAAAAAAUCCCGAUGAAGUUCUAUAUGAAAAAUUAAUUCCAUAUUUUAUGAGUUUUUUUUUCGAAUUCUUCGAACGAAAAAAGAGAGACUACAACUUCGUUACUUAAAAAUGGAAGGGGAAUUUUUUUUAAAAUAAAAUUCGUGCAUAAAAUUCUAUGUUGCCCACCCGCCUUCUCGAAAACUUCUUCUGAGAAACUUCAUUUAUGGUUACUUUUUUUUGGUUAAAAUAUCAAGCUAUUUCGAAACUUUCGAUUAGUUUUACGAAAACUGUGCGAUUUCUCAACCUUAUAACUUGAAAUUCUAAUUCAAACUUUUUUAAUGGAUAAAAUACUUCAAGGCGGCGGCCCAUCGGUGUCCAGCCACAAUUCCUCGGCCGAUGUUGACUACCGUACUCGCGUCAACAGCAUUUCCAAUGAUGCGUCGGUUUUUCCGUCUUAUUCUUUGUUACUUUUUUGCUGAAACUAUCAGAGUGUUCCUUUUUUCAGAAAAGGUCCACGAGCCUCGCCGGUGUUUCAACGCGCCAGUUCGAGAGAGGGACAGAAUUACCGAGGCGAACGGCGGAUUUCCAAGACUUUUCUGGUGAAUAUUGGCUUUCAAAAGGAAUCGCGUUGAAAAUAUCAAUAUAUUCUAUCCGCCGCGACUUGAGAGUUUUCGCGUGUCUGCGUCUCUCUGUUCCCUCACCGGCGAGGUCAGAGAAACAUGGAAAAAACAUGAGAGAGAGUUAAGAAGGGCGCAGAGAAGUCCAGCCCUUUCAAGUCGCGAAAAACGGACUGUAAUGUAAUAUCACCGAGAUUUCACGUCUGGGAAAACUUUGAAACAAAAUAUGAGCCUUGUUGUUAUGCAUAGUGAAAAGAUUCAGCGCCACCCCUUUGUUUCAACCCAAAAAAUGGAAUAUAACAUGAUUUAACACACUAUUUACUUGUUUAGUCUAGUAAAAUGUUUUAGGAGCCGCGUCAGGAACCCAAGGAAAAAGAAGAGCCGAAAGUUCAGCUGAACUGGCGCGGCAAAUCGGACAAUCAGGAAGAAAAGAGCCGCGCUAGCCCUGAUUCGGUGGAGCGAAACUUGUCCUACGCCGACAUCACCGCCUCCACCAACAACAGCUCCGUCAGGUUGGUCGUGGCGCUUUUUCCCCGGCUCUUUCUUUUCCGUUCCUCCCGCAACUUUGAUUUAAGGAUUGACGUCUUAGAUUUGAUUUAUUAUGCAGCCGAAGAGCAAAAAGGCCGGAAAGUUGGUUUUUCCUCGUUUAUUUUUGACCCUCGGUGAGAGGUUUGGUUGAACGGAUGUAGUGAGGGUGAAGCUCUGAGAGACUAGGUGCCGCUUAGGUUUCGAGAGAAAAAAAGGUUGGGUCCUGACACGAUUAGGUGGAAAAUCAGCGAAAUUGGAAGUUUUAUACAGUAGCCUUGCCUUGGUGUUCAUCCGAGCGAUGAGUGGAAUAUCAGAAUUAAAAUUUGGGAACGGAUUUUUUUUUUCUCGAAUAUUUCGCUUCUUUUCUGUUCGAGGAUUCCAACUUUCUCUGGCUUUGCUUAUAUUCCCAGAUCUUGUUAGGUCAAAAAAAACUAACGCAAUAAAAAAAAAACACCUCAACUUCGUGUAAUUCUACUGAAAAAGUCUUUCGCGCCCUAAAUUAACGCUGGAAAUGGCUUUUUACGUGAAGACCUUUACGAAAUUGGUCCAUGCGUUUUUAAAAAUUUCACAAAGAAGAUAAUUCUACUCCAAACUUUGAAUUUUCGAAAAAACUAAAAGCGCAAGUAAUCAAAUUCAAUAUAGAGAUGGAAGAAAAUGACCGUAUAGACGAUUCACGGCUAGCUUGGGACGCAAAAAGGCGUGACCUGUCUGCACUCUCCACCAACCAGGCACUGUCUCGUCUCUUUUCGUGGCAGGACCCUUCUCUCGAUGGCUCAAGCCAGCCGCGAAUCAGCUAUAUCCGUUCAAUUAGACUUUUUCGCCAUCAUUAUUAUGAAUUAACACAUACUGAUUGUUAGCUGCAGAAUCGAACUUACGCUGAGAUAUUGGAAGGAAAACACAGAGAAUGGGAAAGAGAUGAACGGUAUAAGCGCUUUCCAAAGUCUUCCCUGUAUUUGAGCCUUUUUCAGGACGAAAAAGACGGCCAGCGUGAAGACGUCGCAUGAAACCGCUUCUGCCAAGGUAUCCGGAGAAAAUUUGGGCAUUUCGAUGUUUUAUUGGCGUUUUGGAUUUUUCACAGAUGAGCUAGCCGUCAUCAAAGUAACUCUGCGAAGUUCAAAAUAAGCGUCAGAGAGUGAAAAUCGAAACAAUUUUUGAGUGAAUAAAAGUUUCGCCAAAGCUGAGGCUUCGUAAAAUAAUCAAUUUUUCUUUAUCCUCUUUUCUUCGUCAGUGGUUUGCUAGUUCAUGGCGACAGGUCGUUUUAGUAUGAAGUUUAGAAUAUUUUUUUUCAAAUAUUUUUACUGAUAUAAAUGAAAAUGUUUUAUUUCAUACACACAAGUACUGAAAUGUAGAAAUAGUUAUAGAAAAAUGUAGAAAAUACAAAAAAUAGUAAAUGAUCAUUUUUAUCCCAGAAACCUUCGUCAACGCCUAUGACUCUUGCUCUUCGCGAGCGAAACGGCAGUUCCGACCGGAUUCCUGCAAUUUCAUGUUGAGAAAUCGAUUUCUUCUGUCUUGAUCUUCAAAUCAUUUUGUAGAUUCUAUCCCCUCGGCCGCCACCCCUGAUCCAGGCCAAAGUAAAAGUUAAAUUUCUUUCCUUUUCAAAUUUUCAAAUUCAAUUUUCAGCUUCCCCAUCAAAUGCAAAUAUUCAGUACUUCUCUAUUGAUGUUCACGAUAAAAAAAUAAGGUUUUUUUCUCGGAUUUCUUAUCAAAACUGCUCGAUUUAUGAAAAUAACAAAAUUCGAAAAACAAAAUUUGAGAAAAACCAUCACUUUUUGAGAAAGUUCGAAAAAUUCAGACUUCCCGAAGACCGGCGCCGAUGAAUGUCUAAUGCCUCCAACGUGAAUCGAAAUUACUUUUUUUCCAACUUCUUGUAUACUAACUAUCUCAUUUCCUUUUUUAAUCCUAAACUUUCUUAUCGCCCUCUCACUCUGUUUCUUUGCUAGUUUUGUAGAAAUCUCAAUUCAAUUUUGUUUCUCUAGCCAUGUUCAGACUGAGCUUCUCACUAUUGUAAGUCUUCCCUUUUUUUUCUCUCUUUUCGCCGUAUAAUCCCGAUGUUUUUCGCCUACUCGGAUCACGGAUCCCUUCAAUUUUCACACGGAUUUGACAUUUUUAUUCCAUUUCAUAUUAAAAUUGCAUUUUUUUCUCUCGGCACGACUUUUAAUUUACUCGAUUUUGAUCAUCAUCUUCUUUUUUUGUGUAUUUGUGUGAAUUGGGAUUUAUCGUGAUCAGAAACCCCAAGGCCGAAUCUGCAAUCAAUUGAUUUGAUAACGAUUUUCGCGACGGCCUAUUCGUUCCCCCGUGGCAUAUUUAUCCCUCGCAUUAUUUAUUUGCCAUCUCUUUCUUCUGUUCUUUUUUUCUUACUGGGCAUAAAUUUUAGCGUCUUAUUCGUAAUCUGGUUCAGACUUGGUUCGAUUCCAUCAAAAACGAUUUUCAAUUAGAAAUUUCAAGUUUUUUUUUCAGUUUAGAUGUGAUCAUGGAGUAUGUGGAUCUUCGAAAAAUGAGAAGAAUGGUUUGAUUAAAGUAUGUUUUUUUAAACAAGGGUUUGGACUUGAAGAUUGUAUUCUACGAAAUUUGAUCUUUGUAAACAAAAAUGAAUUUUUGUAAUUUCUUUUUUUGUGAGCCCACUUCAUUGAUAGCUCACUUUCGAACUGUUAAUUUUUACUUUUAUACCUUCUCAUGAAGGAAUGAACUUUUUGUGAUUGAUGUUUCAAUAUUUUUUUACUGAAAUUAUGGCUUAAUAAUUUAAUUUGAUUUUUUUGACUUUGGAGCUUCGAGAAUCUUUUUUUGUUUCCAGAUCUGAAAUCAGCAGAAGCAAUAUUUUUUCGAUUUUGCAUAGUACCAGGAAAAAAAUAAAUUCAUUUUCGCGUUAUAUUUGUUAUUUGUUUUUUGAUACAAAGUUCCUAAUGUUUUAAGUGUUUUUUUUUCAAUCACUUUUUCCCAAUGCGUGGUGCCGAAGUUUGUAAAAUUUUUUCUAUGGAAGCUUCCUUUUUUGAAAAUUUAUGUUUCCGUGAUCUUUUUCCUGAAGCUCAAAGUUGAAACUUAUAUCCUGUCUGAGCUUCUGAGACGAUGAGAAAGCACUUUGUUUUAGGAAAAUCUUCAAGAAACGUUUUUUCUUUGAUUAAACACUUCCCCUCGAUGAAUAAUCUUUUUUCCUGGUACCUGAUUCCCUCGAAAUGCAACUAAGCGAAACCUCACAAAAGCGCCUAAGAUCAGCACCAAGGGAAGUGUUGAAAGAGCUCGUCUAAACCUUAUGACUUUGAUUGAACGGAAAAUCUCACUGAACCUUGCGGGUCUUCCCAGAACGGAGACAUGAAAACAAUGACCACUUUGGUCAGGAUUGUUUUUUCAAAAAUAGAACUUGAGAAUACUUGAUUUUCUGAUUCUGGAAACCUUAGAAGUUUCAAAAUGAUUGAAAGUUUCUUUAACUUCCUAUGUUUCGAUAUCUAAAUUUCAUUCAAUUUUUUCGCAGAAGCAAGUCGGCAACCCUAAGUCAUCGCUGUUUCUAACAAUUUUUCUCAAAACUGAAAUCAAAAUAAAAAAAUAAAAAAAUAAAAAAACCUCAUCCUUGAGUUUCUAAUUAAAUUAUCGAGCUGAUAAACGAGACGAUUUUGAGCUGUGAAUUUGAAUAUUAGGAAUUUGAACAUUUAGAAUUUCUUCCGCUUAUCAAAGUCUAUUCAUUCCGGAGUUAAGACACUAUUCGAAGGAUCAGCGGAUAGUCACGAAAUUAUUCCUGGAAUUAUGAGUUUAUUUCUAUUUUUUUUUUUAGCUAUUUGCUGGUUCUUCAAAUAAUGUAGCGACUUGACAAUAUUGAAUGAACUUGUAGUUUCGAUUUUAGAAUUGAAAAAUAUUUUAAUAGAUCUUUGGAAUAGGCAUAUUCUCAAUUUGAAUUUACAAAACCCUCUACUGAAGAAUGCAAAGAAGUUAUUUGAUGAGCUUUAAGGAGAAGCCGCUGUCUUGGACGAUUCUGUACCAUUCAGUGAUCCCUAAAGUGAUGUCAGCGUCUCUAUAGUGUUCACUUGUGCUUUCUCUUUUUCUGCCUAGAGCAAAAGUUCUCCUAUUUUUCUCUGAUUUACCAAAGAUCUUUCUCGAAAGCCCAUUGAAAGAUGCAAAAAGCAUGAAUCAGAAAUCCCCUCUUUUCAACAGUUUAAAAUUUUAAUCUCGUCGUAUCGCCGCUUCGCUAACUGUUGUCGUUGCAGGAUUUAGCAGGCGGCAAAUCUGAGUCGUUCGUCGCCUUGUUUGGCACACGGGACACUUGA